AUGAGCAUCCAGCAUUUGGCAAGCUCUCUUCAGCAGCUGCACUCAGAAGCUGCUGCCCUGGACGCAGAAGUUCCUCUUGCAAAGAGAGCCAGAAUGGAGACAACCGAGGUCAAAGACGAAAGCAUGGAAAGAACCUUUUGCUCUGCGGCCACUUUGGCCAGAAAGUGGAGCCACAGCAUCCUCGAAGAGGAGUCAUUCCUUUCGGAAUGGGGGGCGCGUGAGAGUGCGAGAAACUUGGAAUUGGAGGUUGAGAUUGCCAACAUUCCUGCCAUCACGCCCCUGUUCAAGAGCUCCUCAUAUUUCACUGCCAAGCGCAAUACACGUUCCGAACGACGUCAGCAUGUGGGUUUUGCAGACAGUGUUCAAGUUUACAUUGGCCUGGCAGAUGAGAUCACCAUGUUUCCCACCCGAGUUCCACAGGAUUUGAUUGGUACAGGCUGUAUGCCCUGGCACCUUGCAUAUGUGCUCAACCCACCUUGGAGCGAUCCGCAGGCCACUUUGGAAUCUGCGUUGAUCCCUAGUGAUGCGUUGACACCAGUUCCAUUUUUCCAAUCCAGAUUGCCAACAGAUGCGCAGGUUGAUGCACCCCAACAUGAACAUGACAUUCCUAUUGGUGCAAUCAACUUCCCACCUGAUGCAAACGUUGCAGUUCCAGUCCUUCCCAACUUUGCUCGACACAUUCUGACUGGUGACAGAACAGCUGUAGACGAUGAUUGGGAUAGAGGCAUGACUUUGCGCACGUGGUUUCUUCAUCAUGAGCAGCAACAGCACUGUGAGCUUCCUCGACUCAUACAAUUGGUCGGCAAUGCCCAUUCUUGGCGCAACCAACUCAUUGCGUUGUGGAUUGACCUUGUUUGGCAGGGAGAACGCAUUGAAAUUCAUGUUGCUGAACCAGAUCCGCCACGACCACAACAUUUUGCUCAUGUUGCCUAUGACAUUUUGAUUGUGCAGGGUGACAGCGACCUUCGCAAAGCAGGUCUGGUUACAGCUAUGUCUGCUACUGAGCCAUUCCAAUACUGGGCAGCGGCAGCGCUCCUUCCCCUUCAAGUCAGUGGAUUGCAACUUGUCAAUGUCGUACACAUGGUAGAUGCCUGCCAGCAGAAUCGAUGCCAUGUGUUUUAUCGCUGGACGGAAAUUCCCAUCAAUAUGCAACCACUGCAUGUCAUGGACAAUGGACGAGCGUUUGCCCUUCAUUUUCAUCCUACAGCAACAGCUGCAAGCUCUGACCAAGUUCCGGGGCUUCCUCUGCCACAACAAGAACAUGUGCCUGCGCCGCCUGUUCACUAUAUCCCUGAGGAGGACUCCCUUGAGUCAGAGUCUGAGGAUGCUGAAAUUGAAAAUGACUCCAAUGGCUACAGUCCCUCAGAACAAGAAGCGGUUGUUGACCUCCAAAAUCUGCAAGGAGUGACUGUAUACCGGCUACAAGAUGACCCUGUUCAUCUCUACAUCCGUUGGCAGUCCUAUGUUGAAGUCGUGGUUGACCUUGCGAAUCGUUUGCGGAUUCCGAUUGAUGAGAUCAUCACCUACCAUCCGACUCAUGUCGCGAUUGUGGGCCAACAACCAGCUGAAGCAGUUGUGAUUCUCCAACAUGCAGUGGACAUCCCGGUUGGUUCCAGUGACAAGCUUAUAUUGCUGGACCUGGAGAUUCAUCAGCACCCUGGUGUACAAGUCCUACCAGCUACGCCUCAUGUGGCUCGCAAAGUGUGCCGAGUCCUACAACAUGUGAUACGUGCACACAUUCUGAUGCAUGCGGGUGUAUUCCGCUAUUGUCAGCAUCAAGGUGAUCGUUGUCUAGUGCACCUUAAUGAUCAACUUUGGCCUCUUCAAGAUUUUGCACCACGAUUGCUCCAACAUGGUGACUAUCUCAGAGUAGUCGUCCCUCCGCCUAUGCAAUCUGAUGAUGGUACUCUCUGCACGAUUGACCGCAUUGAACGGCAAUACCGUGCCGACUUAGCGCCUGAUGUCCAACCAUUUCAGUGUCCUGCACAAGUACAUCCUGAGCUAUACAUCAACAGUGAUCUGGUUUCUCAGGAACUUCCUCAUGAGGACUUGAAGUUGAUCGUGCAUAGCUCUGACAGGCCUGGACUUCAAGCACAACCAUUAGGCAUGCCCCAACGAGAGCAUUCCAGCUCUUUGGCCCCGCAAGACGGAAGUCGUCAAGAUUGGCUGCUGCCUGCAGGUAUGAUUUAUUUGCAAAAAGCUGACCUAUUUGGCGAUGAAGAGUUUGCCACAGUGGAAUGGAUCACAUGGUUUCUUUCUGCUCCUCUUCGAAUACGAUCUGAAGAGUCGAGAUCGAUUCGCCUUGACAUGGAACAACACCUGUGGUACCAUGAUCUUUGUCAACUAUGGAAUGAUCAGUGGAAACCGUACAUUGAGACCCAGAUCUAUGUCGUGAUGCCUGAAACUUUGCAGACCUUGCGCCUGGAGCGAGUAUGUCAAGGUCGUGGGUGCUACGUUGAAACCCAUGGGCACCGUGUUCCAGAAUAUGGGCUUGGACAUGCUGAUGCAGGAGACAAUGUUGUCGUCAUUGCCCCAGCACGGAAUGUGGAAGAGAUGACCCUUUUGCAGACUUCCGUUGUCAGAAUGCCUCCAACUUCCCGAUCUGGUGUCCAAAAUGCUGUGCUACGUGAGCGCCUAACAGGUGAUUCGGUGGCUCACGAUCACCGGCCACGGACACAGCAACAGUCUGCAGAGCCCCCAAAGUUGAAUCUUGCUGCUUUGAUUGACCCACCAACAUAUCUCACAAUUGACUUCCGUGAAGUACAAGCCCUUGGUAGUGAGCUCCUUGCCCUCGAGCUUGGCCCAAUUCAUUAUGCCGAUCAACUGGUCAAGUGGCAUGAAGCAACCCAAGAGGCCUUCACAUUGACCCCCAACUGGACGAUUGAGACACCAAUUGGGUUUUCCUUCUACACUGAUGGGUCCUCUGCAUACCUUGACGAUGAACGCAAAGCAGCUGCUGCAGUUGUGUUGAUCAUCCACACCCACCAAGGAGACCGAUUUGGUGGAUUCCGCAGCUACGUAGUGGAGCAAGGUGCAUAUGCCCCGCAAGCUGAAAUGACUGGUGUCUUGACGGCAGUGCUUUGGGCUGCGCAGCUUUCAGAGAUGUUUACUGCUCACUCCCCAACACUGCAUUUCGUUUUUGACUGUCUGGUAGCUGGCUACACUGCCAAUGGAAGCUGGCGUAUUCAAGCUCACCCAGAUCUUCAGAGUACCACACGUUCUCUAGUGCAGUGGAUUGAGCGACGAUUCUCGGUGCAAACCCAUUGGCACCAUGUGUAUGCACAUUCAGGACAAGCAUGGAAUGAAGCUGCUGAUGCGAUCACAUGGGCUGUGGUGGCAGGAUGGAUUGAUUCCCCAUCCUUUGCACAAGUGUGGGGCGUCUUGCAAGAGCAGAUUGGUACGCAUUGGCUUUGGCUACUUGAAGCUGCCCAGCGUGGUGAUCCAAUGUAUCCAUUUUUACGCGAUGGGAUCAUGCAACUCAACAUUUCAGCUCCACUUGCUGACCCUCCAGAUGAUGUUGAUCACCCCAUGGCCAAGUGUCAAAACCAACCGACCUCUGAGGGUGUCACUACUUCCAUCAUUUUACAUUGCGCUAUUGCCAAUGUGCUGACCUUGCACCCCAACAAAGCAGAACAUGGCACAGGUGUAUCUGCUCGAAUGGAAUCUCUUAUACGGUCAUUUGCAGCUGCGAGCAUUGAUGUCGUGGGUGUACAAGAAACGCGCUCCCGCCUUCAUGGUCACACCCGUUGCGAAGGUUUUCAUGUCCUUUCCUCUCCAGCCACUUCGCGAGGGAUUGGAGGUGUCCAAUUGUGGAUUCGAACUCAAUGGAAGGUUUCGCAAGGCUCUAUUUCCAUUGAUGCCGGCAACUUACAUAUCCUCCAUGCCACUGCACAACGGUUGGUUGUGAGAUUUUGCAAAGAUGGAUUGAGACUCCUUUUUGUAGUUGCCCAUGCACCAGCCUGCUCUGACUUUACGGAAGCUACGCAGUUUUGGCAGUCUCUCACCACAUCAAUUCCUGCUGCUUAUCGAUCAUGGAAGCUGAUUGUUCUGGUCGAUGCAAAUGCCAGAUUAGGCACAGAGACCUCACCAUGUGUUGGCCCCGCUGGUGCCGAGCCAGAAAAUGUGGCUGGUGAAUGCUUCCACACUUGGCUCCAUGAGCACUCGCUCUUCUUGCCGCAGACUGAAGACGAUAUCCAUGAAGGACCUCAUCACACAUGGUUCCACAGCACUGGCACCGGGGCCCGCCUUGAUUACAUUGCAAUUGACCAGGCUCUUCGGUCUCCAGGUCUCCGCACUCAUGUUGCUGACGUUGACUUGACGAUUCAGAAGCUUGACCACGCCCCGGUGGUACUUGCGCUUCCAUUGACUUGCCAAGUGCGACUACGCCAUUGUGAACACCAAAGUAGCCGUGCUGAGUGGGAAGGACUUCAAGAUCCCUCAAACCCGUCUUGGAAGACCAAUGUCCAUACCCAUGCUGGUCGCAUUCAGAGCUGGAUGCAACACCUCUGCCCUGCCCAGCCAAGAUGCCGACGCAAACGACAUCUGCAAGACUCCACAUGGGCCUUGAUUGAGCAGAAGAAGUGGCACUGGAAACGCUGCCGGCAGCUAAGACACACGCAACGCAUUGCCUUGCUGCGUGAGAUCUUUCAAGGAUGGAAGAAGCGUGACGUUUCAGAUGAAGUACGUUGCCUUCGCCCUUGGAUGAGGCUUUGCGACUGCACAAUGGCUUUUCAUUCUUGGCAGUACAAGCGGUUGUGUCUUCAAGUCCUGAGAGCAGUUCGAAGUGACGACAAGUCCUACUAUGAGCAGCUUGUGCAAAAGCAGAGUGAAGUUGCCGCAGAUGAAGGUCUGACGGGCCUCUGGAGACACAUUCGUGCUGUUCUGCCUAAGGGUAUCGCCAAGCGCAAAUCCAGUACCCGCUGCAUGGGGCCUCAAGUUGAAGAGUUAACUCAGCACUACUGCAGACUUGAGGCUGGCUUUGAGACUUCGUACAAUGGCCUGUUGCGAGCGUGUGCACAGCGGCAGCAAGAAGCGGGCGAAGAUCUACCCUUGCAAAUGGCCCUCCAUGAGAUUCCCACGCGCACUGAAGUUGAAUCCCUCUGCAGACUUGCCAAGAAGGGAAAAGCUCCAGGUCUGGACGGAGUUCAAGCUGAAGUGCUCCAGCAAUGCAUGAUUCAGCACUCCGAGGUCUUUUAUGCGCUGCUCUUUAAGAUCUGGACAUUAGCUGCAGAGCCUUUGUCUUUCAAAGGUGGAAAAAUUUGCUCGAUAGCGAAGAAGAGUGGAGCCACUUCAGCCGCCUCGAUGAGGGGGAUAAUGCUAUUAGAUUCUCUCGGAAAACUUUUCCACGCGUUGGUCCGCAAGAAGCUGCUGCCGUGGGCGUCAUCAGUCCGCACUGCUACGCAGUUUGGAGGCUACAAGGGACAGCAAACCAUUUUUGCCACGUUGAUGUUGAGAUGCUUUGCCCGAUAUGUUCAGUCUCAAAACAUGUCACUGGCUAUAGUUUUCGUUGACGUUCGAAGUGCUUUUCAUUGCCUUCUUCGACAACAUGCAUUUGGCACUGCCGCAGAGCUGCCUCCAAUGUUGCUGGAAGCUCUACUGAAUGAAGGUCUUGAUGUGCAAGCUUUGGCCCGCGACCUUACAGCCCAUGCACAAGACUUUGCUGCAGCCCCACCUGCCGUAGCCCGUGUCAUGAGGGACGUUCACCUUGAUACAUGGUUCACAUGCCCAGGUAGCACCAAAUGCUUUGCCACUACCAGAGGCUCCCGUCCAGGAUCACCCAUUGCCGAUUUGGCCUAUAAUGCAAUGAUGAGCUCUCUUCUGAAACGCUUGCAGUGUCGAAUUGAUGAGAUGCCAUCGACCCAACAGGCAUACGCCCUACUCAAUUGUCAGGCCCCACUCUUGGCAUGGGUCGAUGAUGUGGCAUUGCCUGUGCCGUGUCUUCGGGCUGACUGCCUAGACCAGCAGCUGCAAUGCACAAUGGAAAUUAUGCAUGAAACCUUUGAAGCGUAUGGGCUGCGCCUCAAUUGUGGAGCAGGUAAAACUGAAGCCAUUGUCCAGUACCGAGGAGCCAAUGCACCACAGCUGCGCCGAGACCGAUUCAUUGAUGGGUACGGAAUGCUGGAAGUGCCUGGACGAGAUGCCCUGCGUGUCGUUGCACAGUACACGCAUUUGGGCAUUAAGGUUGCUCAAAACUUUGAUGUCACCGCAGACCUGAAGUUCAAGAUUGGCAAGGCCACUUCUGCCUUUCGAACUAUGGCUCGUCCUCUCUUUCACAACAAAAAGUUGCAGGUCUCUCUUCGAUUGAAGUUGCUGGACACUCUGGUUUUGCCCAUCCUAUUUUAUGGUUGUGGUAGCUGGCCUCUUCUUUCAGUGCGGCAGUACCAGCGACUUUCAGCCGUGGUUACACGCUGGCAAAGACAAAUUGCAGGCGUUGGAUUCUGGAGUGACACUCAGAUGACAGAUGAUGCUUUCCGUGCAGUUUGGCGUAUCCCUUGCCUAUCUGUGCGGUUAGCCAAGCACAGGUUGCUGUUCUUGAUACAGCUGCACCGAACAGCACCUGCAUGUGUUUGGGAGAUGGCCACCGCUGAAGAUGAGUUUUGCACUACAUCGUGGCUUUCUGGAGUGCGCCAUGCUUUGCGAUGGUUAUGCACUAUGCAAGCGGAUGCUCCAUUACCUGAUUGCACCCUUCCAGAGUUGACCACAUGGCUGCGCACCUCUCCACACACCAAACCUGCGCUGGUACGUAAUGCUGUUGCGCGACAUUUGACGCAAGAGCAAACUGCUCACCAUGUCAUUGAGAUGCAUAGGAAGAUUCAACAAGCGUGCCGAGAUGGCGGAGUUGAUUUUGACACCUAUCAACAUCCCAUGCAGGUAGGUGGUCAUUUUGCGUGCAACAGUUGCCCUGCGACAUUUUCGUCGGUCCAAGGCCUGACAGCUCACCGCUGGAAAAAGCAUGGUCAAUUUUCCGAGGAACGUAAGUUUGUCUUCUCUGGAGUUUGUGAAUGCUGCCGCAGAUGUUUCUGGACGGCUCAACGACUUCAACAACACCUGCGCUACUCCAAACGGCAUGCGACAGGCUGCUACUGGUGGUUGGCUAAGCACCUUGACCCCUUGGACCAACCGCUUCCAGUGCAGAUGCCUGACAUCUACAAAGGACAGCACCGACUUCCUCACACUUCUGUUGCUGGACCACUUCAACCAGCCAGUUCUACCCGGUGGGAUCGACAAAUGCAGCGGCAAUGGGAUCUAUGGACCGAAGAUUGGCAUCGACAUGGGUUUCCUGAUGACCUUUCAAUGCCAAUUUGUGAGGAGGUGCACCAAUCCAUGACGCAUGUGGCACUGACCUGGACAGCUGAGCAACCGCCGCUAUCUAAUCUCUGGUGUCACAUCAUUGAUGCCUAUCGUGAUCGUGGUGAAGAAGCACACCACCAUGCAAUAUGGUCUUUUGCGUUAUGGGGGCGAGAAUGUCUCUAUGAGCUGCCAGAGCAAACGGAUGAUUUGGACUUAUUCGCCCUCAUCGUGGCCGAAUACUUGGAACUACUGGGUGAUUUGCCUGUUUCUGACCUUAUUGACCGACUGGAGAAGCUUCAUCGAGCCGUCCCUCCAGCUGAUGGAUCUGGAUGGAAUGAACCUACUCCGCCUGCCCCUGCAGAAGAUGGUCGCAAGCAGGCUGCCAUUGAACCAUUUCUUUCGGUAUAUGACCAGAUGCGAGAUGCCAUGCAGCUUGUUGCCAACACUCCAGUCAUUGAGUGGCCGCAGCAGAAAGGUAUUCCAGUCUGCGAGAUGGAGGCGAUCUUUGUGAUCUACUCCAAGGACCAGGCCUUCGAGCGCUACAUGGAGUGGUGGUCGUCUGACAGGCCCUGGGGUUUGAGCUACCUGACGCAUCGAGAGCUUCGUCAGGUGGCUACAGGAAGCGCCCUGAUGAUGUCGAAUGUUUACAUCGAAAUCAAAAUUGUCCUACGAGGGGGAGCUGCCAUUCAGGAGCAUCCAGCUCCGCAUGAUGACGAGACGUACGCCAGUGUUUGGCGCACGGAUCUGCAACGCUGCAUUUGCUCUACAGCUCCAUGUGCGCAGCAGGUGCGGAUCCAACAGUGGAAGUUUGGAGCGACGGCUGUCAAGCCCACUGUCCUGCGCACUAUGGGUAUCUCUCGAGCGGCUGGGAUUCUCCAUCGACAUGAAGUUCCAGGCGCUGUGAAGCCUACUAAUCCCUUCCUCCUAAUACUAAACGUCCCCCUAAUACUAAAAACAGGCAUCCAUCUCCAAUUUCCGAAAAUUUCAGUUUGGCCAAUUUGA